AUGGCCACUUUUGCCAGUCCCUAUGGCUACCCCUACGGCCAGCCCCUCUACUACACCAAACGCUCGUGGCUCGACCGGUUCCGCGACGGCCCACCAGCCAUCUUCCCGACCGAGGGCCUCCCGGCGGUCCCGGACGGCGUGCAGAUCGGCGACGUCGUGUACGACUUUGACGAGCCGUGGCGCAACGAGUCCAACUCGCCCGACCCGCACGAACAGGUCAUGAGCCUCGGCCACCUCGACAGGCCGGUGUACUACGACUACCUGGACAAACCGGACCGGCGCGAGUGGGACGACGCGAUCAAGGGCUACAACAAGUGGGUCAAGGCGGCGCAGAGCUACGAGAAGCGCCGGGCCAAGCGCGGCUCGGCGUACAACCGCAAACGCGACAGGCUCGAGCAGGAGGCGGACAUCCGGGAGCGGAAGGAGCGCGGACGCGGAUACAAGGAGUAUGAAAAGGCGUGGGACGCAUACAACAAGCAAUGCUCCGACUGGCGCAAGAAGGGCCACGACACGACGCGCAACCCCGACGCUGCAGGUGCGGGCCAGUACUACACCACGCAGCCGGGGUACUGGGGCCUGCAGCAGCCAUACACGGAUGUGUACUGGAACCGACAUCCGGCAACGUCGCACACCAUGGCCAUUGCACGCUGGUUUGAGUCAACAGAGAAGAAGGUGUGGGUAUGGCUUUUGGGGUCGUUUGCGCGCGUCGGCAGAGUGGCGCCGCCACCGGCCGUGGUCGUCGUCGCCGCUGUGGCGGGGAGGCGUGCAGUGCAGGCUUGGGAAGAUCCCAAGACACGCCGCGCCACCCUCCAGUGUCCGCAGUGUCCGCGUCAGCCUCCGCAUGCCCAUGCGAGUGCCCGAUUUGUAAUCGCCCCGGUGGUGGCGACUGGGCGACAACGACAGAGUGGACGCAGGGGAGACUGA